AAGGCUUGCAUUCGUACUUCCACUCGACUGCUUUGAAAUUUCUGGUAUUACUACGAUGGGGAUCCCACCAGAGGUGCAAAAUGUUGCAAAUCAACGCAUUGUUGAAGUGCUGGUGUCAAAACUAAGGCGAAGACAAGUAGUAGGAUCGCGCCAGACAGCUAUCGAGACUGUCCUCGUCCUCCGACAAGUCGUCUCAAAAGCCCGCUUUUCAAAUAUUGAGCAACUGAUCCACAUAAUUAAAGCGGUGGGCCGGAGGUUAGUUCAGGCGCAGCCAAAAGAACAUACCGUCGGAAACACCGUGCGCAAAGUCCUGCAUCACGUGCGGGAAGAAUACCAGGCCGUCUCACGGGCGGGGCCAUCCACCCAAACGGCGAAGAGCUCGUUCUCGAUAUCCAAAUUUGUGUCGCAAGGUCAGCCGAGAAAACAAAAUCUUACCGCUCCGAAGUCCGAUACAAGGUCAACGAGCUUAAGAGAAAACGACCCCAACGACCCGGACUCCUUCGCAAAGGGGUUAAAGCCAGUCUUGAUGGAGGCUAUUCAGGAUGUUCUGGACGAACUGGAGACAGUCUACGACAAUGUCUCUAAGAGCGCAAAAGAUCAUAUACAUUCUGACGAGAUUAUUUUGACCAUAGGACACUCAAAGACUGUAGAGUCGUUCUUGAAGGCGGCUGCCCAUUACCGAAAUUACAUAGUCAUCGUCGCGGAGACGGCACCAUCAUUUGGCGGACACGAAAUGGCCUGCUCACUAUCCUCAGCGGGCAUAUCCAGCUUCCUAGUACCCGAUUCAUCCAUUUAUGCUCUGAUGUCCCGAGUCAACAAAUGCAUCCUCGGAGCGCACGCGAUCCUAGCCAACGGCGGCAUGUUCGCCAUCACUGGGUCGCUCCUCGCUGUUUCGGCCGCGCAGGCACACAGCACGCCUGUGGUCGUAUGUGCCGGUCAAUUCAAGCUUACCCCACUCUGGAACCUGUACCAUGAUUACGGUGCUCUCGAUUUCGCAGAUCCGAGCAGUGUCCUUGGUUUUGAGGAGGGGUCUCUGGUCGACAAGGUGGACGUUAUCAAUCCAUACUUCGACUAUGUGGGGCCGGAGUUGAUCGAUGUCUAUAUCACAAACGAUGGCGAUCACCCACCAUCGUCCGUGUAUCGUCUCAUAAAGGAAAGCUAUGACGACGACGAUCAUGAGCUAUAGUCACACCAGGGUAGACCGACAGGCCUACGGGCCUCCCUACAUACGAGAUACAAGGAGAGAUACCACGGUCAUGCUACUCUGCGAGUUCGCCAAUUCGGGCGGUUCUCUGGAUAUGGAUGCUAUCGUGGAGGAUACAGCGCAUUCUGCCGCUGCAGAGAAUCGGACAGGUCAUUCUGGCAACUCUUGCCAUAGUCAGGUAUCCGAUCUUCUUGAAUAUGCACAGCAGAUGAUGGCAUGCAGAACAAUACUGUACGUUGUAGUAGGAUGUAGUGUACUCUUGGGAUGCAUCAUAGAUCAGCUCUUGGAACUGAGGAUAUCAAAAAAGGCUUCUUGAGGCAGAUCUACGCUGCCAAUUUUCUUCAUGCGCCGUUUCGACUCCUUUUGGUUCUCUAGAUGCUUUAGUUUACGUUCGUGAUGGCCGCCGUAUAGACCGGCUGUAACGUCUGCACGCAUUGCAGACAAUGU